GUUAAUACGUAUAGAGGAGUAAAGUGGUGCUAAUGGCGAAGUACUGUUUAUUUAGGUAAUUGAAAACUUUUAUUCUAGUCAGUGAACCAUAAGAAUGACGAAAGAGUUGCAAGGUCUUUUGGAUCAAUAUCCUGUCUUUGAAUACGAUGAAAGGCAAAAGUUACGAUGUACAUUGACUGGGCACGAGAUUCCUUCAAAUUUUGAUCAACUCGACCAAUACGUUAAGACAUCAAAAUUUGUUCGUGCAUGGAAGAUGCAUCAGAUUAUGAAGGAAUAUGGUGAAUAUUUCGAUGAUAUUGGUCCUCAUGAAUUCGGUUGCAAGAUUACUAUGAAGAUCAUUUCAAAAGAUCCAGACGAUCUUUUGAGACAUAUCAAUGGGAAAAAGUUCAAAAAAGGAUUGGAAAAAGCGCCAGUAAUUGAAGAAAACGAAUUGUCAGAUGGCAUUUUAGACGAGGAAGAAAUGGAGGAGGAUGAAAUGGAUAUGCAUAUGCAUACCGAAGUGAUCAAUGACGAUUCCUUUUCUGAGGAUGAAGGUGGACUGGAUAAAGAUGAUGAAUAUCCAGGUAAUCAGAUUUGA